GCCAUUUCCGAGUUCUCGCUGCACAGUGCUCACUGAAAAUGAGGUAUUUUUUAUGUCCUGACAAGGCAUAAAAGAAAAAAAAACAAAUCUGAUGGCUAUAGGUGACUCAAAAGACACACAGUGGAUUCUUGUUUGGUAAUAACCCACAUCAUGGAGGAGCCGUGGGAUUUUGAGUUUUUGUCUCGCGUGGCUGACAGCUGCCUGUCGUUCCUGUACGAGUUUGUGGAUGAUUGGCUCGCCAACGACAUGAGGGUCUCUAUAUUCAAAAUCUUACUCAGCUGGUUAAUUUUUAGCCUCGUCGCCAUUCACUUUGCGUGGAAAGUCUACGGGAACACGGUGAAUGACAUGUAUUACCGACAAGGGACUGGGCAGAAUGGAGGUACACCUGACGCUGCUCCUCACCUGAGUGGCUGGGAGAAUAAAUCAGGAGACAAUCUGAAGAGCCAUCGGGAGUAACACAACAACAUAUAUUUGGACCAGAGAUCUUAAGACACGCUGACGUUGACAUGGCUGAUAUCAAACUCAUUUUAUUUAAGAAGGUAUGAAGAUGAGUGGUUUUAUCUUCUGACAGUUUCCCGUUGAAAUAUUGAGUUUUUUCCUGCAUAUCAGUGAUCUUGCUGUGUUUUUGAGAUAUUUAUUUUGGCCUGUUGGCACUGGAAUCUAAAUAGAACAUUUUCUUCUAUGUGAAAGACAAAAAAAAGAAAAACAACCUUAAUGGACCACUUUUUUUAUCGUAUGCCAGUGGUGUUGAUGUCACAUAGUCAUUUUUUAAAAUAGMUAUAAUUCUUGUAGCAGAUACAAACAUUUCUGUUCCAACCGCAUAAACGAAAAGUUACAUCAUUAAAUUUAUACAAUGCGUAAGACAUAAUUUAUUAAACUAUACUUUUAAAACCGGGAAACAAAAAUCUGUAACUGAAUAGCAUUACCAGGAGUGAAUGAAGUGGUUUAAAGUGCCUGCUGUGAUUGUUAAUAGGACGCAUUGUUUUCUGCAGUGGAGUCAUUUUUUUAUUUCUUAUUCAUAAAUAAAGAGGACCAAUGGAGAAAAGAAAUGUGAAACACAUUUAUUGUCUUUAUUUUCAAUAAACAUAUCUGUCAUA